AUGUCUACUCGACGCUUGAAUAUACUUGUCUACUCCGGUGCGAUACAAUCUCACGAGUCAUGGUGGAAGAACGAGAAUCUAAUUUUGGCUUCAGGCAAUGGCACCACUAUCGAAUCAGUUCGACACUGUCUCUACACCUUGCGAAGACUUCUCUCGCCAAAUUAUGCUGUCAUCCCUGUCACUGGUGAUAUGCUCCUGAAAGAACCAUGGCAAUCCUCUUGUGCAGCACUGGUCUUUCCUGGUGGUGCUGAUCAGGGCUAUUGCAGGACCUUGAAUGGUGCUGGAAAUCGUCGCAUACGGCAGUAUGUUGAGCAGGGUGGCAGGUAUGUCGGUUUUUGUGCCGGCGGUUACUACGGUACCGGCCGCGUCGAGUUUGAAGUUGGUAACAAGUUGCUGGAAGUGGUAGGCGAUCGGGAAUUGGCUUUCUAUCCGGGCACCUGUCGAGGUUGCGCCUUUCGAGGCUUCAUCUAUCACUCUGAGAAGGGAGCUAGAGCAGCCGAGCUUUCCAUCAACAGAUCGGCAUUUACUUCUGGAUCCAUACCGAAUGUCCUCAAAUCUUACUACAAUGGAGGUGGUGUCUUUGUCGAUGCACCCAAAUUCGCAGACCAGGGCGUGGAGGUACUGGCGGACUACAAUGACAAGCUGGACGUAGACGCUGGGGUCGGAAGAGCUGCUAUAGUGUAUUGCAAAGUCGGACAGGGAGCUGCACUGUUGACAGGCCCACAUCCAGAGUUCGUCUAUGGUUUCCAUAAAGCGAUCGACGACUGGUCACUGACAAAGUCCAGGUUCGCGAGCCAGAAUCUCAGAAAGCCUGACGAGGAUGUCCCAAACUUCAAGAACGUUGUUGAUGAGCUUGCGAAAGACGAGAAACACCGGAUGGACUUCCUGAAGGCCUGUCUGUUCAAGCUUGGCUUGACAGUGUCUGAUGAGCAAAAUGUACCUUCCCUCUCUCAUAUUCAUCUUUCCGCAUCGACUUCCACAAGUGCUGGUCAGGUUCUACAGAGCCUGAGCGAGCUAAUAGUGAAAGAAGAACAUAUAGGUGAUGUGAUCAAGGAUGAGAAUGACGUGUUCCACAUAGCUGAGGCAGGCCUGAACACGCAUGGCUUGAAGGAGGCACUUCUCAGCAAUGCGCAACCCUCCGUUCCUGUUAAGGAAGCACAAGCUGAUCAGACUUCUGGCAGUUCAAUCCCGUCUCAAAACUCUGAAGAUACCACACAGGACCAGAUCCUCGACUACAAUUCAAUACCGAAAACUCUUAUCUUCCACUCCUCCACUUAUCCUUCAGCGAAAGAAACACCUUAUUUCAACCACAACGCGUUUUACUCCAACCUCCAGCAUUAUGUCUCGGAGCAAAAGCUUGAAAACCCAACUUUCGCACGGCACUUGCUGUAUGGCGAAGUUGUAACCUCUACAAAUACCAUUCUCGAAAAGAAUACCCGCAUCCUCCGUCGUCUGCCUCAUGGCACUACAUUCACAGCAACGACUCAAGUCGCAGGUCGUGGUCGCGGCUCAAAUGUGUGGGUCUCGCCAGCAGGUAGUCUCAUGUUUAGUGUUGUCAUACGCCACCCGGCGUCAAGCCUGGGUAGCGCACCGGUUGUCUUCAUCCAGUAUCUUGUGGCCAUGGCAAUUGUGCAAGGCAUAAAAUCUUACGACCGCAAAACCUAUGCCAAACUUCCAGUGAAACUCAAGUGGCCCAACGACAUCUAUGCGCUCGACCCAACGAAAGCGCGCACUCCUGGCCUCAGUGAAAGUGAGAAAUACACCAAGAUUGGCGGUAUUCUAGUUAAUGCACACUACAACAAUAAGGAGUACAUCGCUGUCUGUGGUGCAGGCAUUAAUGUCAGCAACACAGCUCCCACCACAUCCCUCAAUGACCUUAUUUCACUCCUACCUGGUUCUAGUUCUCCACCACCUUUCCAACUCGAACGUCUGCUCGCUUCAAUCUUGACCUCGUUCGAAUCACUCUACACCAUUUUCUUACAGACCGGGUUUGAUGAGACUAUGGAGCAGCUCUACUACCGCGACUGGCUACACAUGGAUCAGAUCGUGACCGUAGAGAGUGAAGGCGGAGUCAAGGCACGAAUUAAGGGUAUCACGAGGGAUUAUGGACUAUUAAUUGCCGAGGAGCUGGAAGAUGUCCAUGGAGAUUGGAGGCCGACUGGGCGGCGAAUGACACUGAUGAGCGAUAGUAACAGCUUUGAUUUCUUCAGGGGACUGGUGAAGAGGAAGGUGUAG